UGACAGCUCAGGGGCUCAGCCUUGAGGAGAGGACGUCGGGGGGGGGAGAGACGGCGCUGACUCUGGCAGUGACAGCCGGGCUGGUGCAGAACGUGAAGAACCUUCUGGAGCACGGUGCAUCACCUCACAACACCAACACCAAGAACGAGUCCCCGCUGCUGCUAGCGGUGAAGGCCGCCUCUCUGGAGAUCACGGAGCUGCUGGUGGCUCACGACACCUGGGUGGAGCAGGUGUGCGGGAAGCGAUGGACCGCCAUGCACGAGGCGGCCAAGGUGGGAAACGUGGACAUCCUGAUGCUGCUGCUGAGGAACGGAGGCCAGGUCAACCAGAAGGACGUGUCGGGGGGGACGCCGCUCGCCGUGGCUGCAGAGCAUUCACACUACCACAUCAUCGAGAUUCUGCUGAACUGUGGCAGCAGCGUGAACGCUCAGGCCUGUAACGGUGAGAGUAUCCUGCUGGACGCGUCCGGAUCAGGAAACACCGCCUGCAUUCAGCUGCUGCUCGACAACGGAGCCGACCCCAACCUGCCCAGCACCAACGGACACCUGCCGCUCCACAAGGCCGCGUUCAACGGACACUUUGAUGCUCUGAAGAUGCUGAUUCCUCUGACCACCAAGAAGGCGAUCAAAGCGGCGGGUCAGAGUCCGGUCCACUCGGCGUCAGACGGAGGUCAGAGCCGCUGCCUGAAGCACCUGCUGGCCUGUGGCUUCGACGUGAACUACCGCAUGAACGCCAGAAACUCAGAGAACUACAGUGACAUGAGGAGGAGCGCCUUGUACUUCGCCGUCUCAAACGGGGACGAGGAGUGCUCUAAAAUCCUGCUGGCGGCCGGAGCGAAGACGGACCUGGACCCUCUGUGCUGCCUCCUGGUGGCGGUGAGGUCGGGGCGCUACGAUAUCGUGAAGCUGCUGCUGGCGGCUAAAGCGGACGUGAACU